CAUUUACAUAUCAACUGGUGUGUACUCCAAUGGCAGAGGCGAAUAUUUCAGUGCCUGAGAAUCAUUUCCAAUGUCCAAUUUGUUUAGAACUACUGAAGGAUCCAGUAACUAUUCCUUGUGGACACAGUUACUGUACGGACUGUAUUAAGAAAUGCUGGGACCAAGAUGAGGACAAAGAAAAUGGUGUCUACAGCUGCCCCCAGUGCAGACAGACUUUUAACCCGAGACCUGUUCUGGGUCGAAAUCCCAUUCUAGCCGACAUGGUUGCGAAGCUAAAGGCCCAGGGUCUUCAAAGCACUCAUUCGGAUGACGGGUUUGCUGGACCUGACGAUGUGGAGUGUACGAUUUGCGUAGGGAGGAAACGCAAAGCUGACAAGUCUUGUCUGGAGUGUCUUGAUUCCUAUUGUCUAAUACACCUCUGCCGUCAUGAGGAACUUCACGCAGGAAAGAAGCACAAGGUGGUUGAUGCCGCUGUUCAAUUGCAGAAGAAAAUGUGUUCAGAACAUGGCAAACCACUGGAAGCUUUUUGUGAGACUGAUUCGAAGUGUGUGUGUGUUGAAUGCAUCAUAGACGAGCACAAAGGCCAUGAUGUAGUCUCACUGGCAAGCGCAAAAGAAAAUAACCAGCGUAAACUGCAAAAGAGUCUACAGAAAGAAAUCUCCGAGAGAGAAAGUGAACUGAACAGGCUGAGGGAAAACGUUGAAUCUCUUCAGUCUUCUGCUAAGGCUUCAGUGGAGGUGAGUGAGAGCAACUUUACGGAGCUGCUAGCCUUCUUUGAGCGGAUGCGCUCAGAGGUGCCGGAGAUGAUCAGGGCUCAGGAGAAGGCUGAGCUGAGUCGGGAAGAGCAGCGGCAGGAGGAGGUCAAUGUGUUGAAGACGAGAGCAGCUGAGAUGGAGCAGCUUGCUAGCAAAGAGGCUGAAGUACAGUUCCUGCAGAAUCUCUCUCUUUUCUCUCCUGAGGAUUUACCAAGAGUUACUUUCAAUGCAAAGUAUGCAUUUAGACCAACCACUGUUGAAUUUUAUCUGAAAAGAAUGAUGAAGGAGAUGGAAAAGACUUACUCUGAAAAUGUUGGCCUCAUAUGGAGUCACGUGAAGUUCGGGUUCUUGCGGUGUCACCAUAAACAGAUGAAAAGAUAUUCUGUCCAUCCAAAGUUUGAUUCUGCAACUGCAUUCAGACAUCACCUUAUAUCUGAAGACAACACAAAAGUCGAAUGGAGUCACGAGGUUGUGUCACGUGGCAGGAGAUGGGAUCGUUUCACCGACUGCAGACAAGUAUUUUGUAGCGAUGCUCUUCCUGAACAUGCCUACUGGGAGGUUGAGUGGAGUAGUGUGCCUGAUCGUGAGUUCGCCAUUGCAGUUGCAUACGAUGACAUUGAAAGGGAGGGAGUGGAUAACGACUGCAGAUUUGGGCGUAAUGACGAAUCCUGGUGCUUGGAGCUCUCCGGUUCAUGUCUCAGUUUUUUUCACAAUAAUGUUGAGACUGAAAUUCCAGGCCCAGUCCCUUCCAGAGUAGGGGUUUAUUUGAAUCGCCAGGUAGGAAUCCUGUCCUUCUACAGAAUCACUGACCGUGAUUGUGGUCAUGUAAAUGAUGUAGAAAUUAUUUUUAGUGUUAAGGCCAGAUUUAACCAGAAGACCUUAUACCCAGGAUUUUACGUAGAUUCAAGCUGUUGUGCUGAAGUCUUCUGA